AUGACACAUGAGGGUGAGAAGUUCAUCGUGCAGUCAGUCAUGUCUAAUGAACGGUUAGAACCACUUCCAACACCUGUGAUUUUGACAGGGGUUUUGCAUGUAAUUAGUGAGCGAGAAUCACGAGGUGAAUAUAUAAAGCGCAAGUUGCGACGACGACCGAUUUGGGGGCGGGGCAUCAUCAGGAAGAAAAAGAGCUAUAAAAAGGAGGAAGAUGAUGAACCGGAAGAGGAGGAGGGAGCGGACGACUCUGCUGCAAUGGUGCAAGGUGAUGCUUGUCUUACCCAGGAUGAGUCGUCCUGUGAUGCCACAGAGCUCCAUCCUGACAAGCAGCCACUCCAGGCCAACGGACACAUCCUCUCCACGGAGGAGGAGAAUUCCUCUGAGCCGACAGCCACUCAGGACCCUCAGGGCGAGGAGGAGCCCAUCAAGACCCCCUCAGAGGAGGCUUCCAGCAGUAAGGAGGCCACAACAGUCCCUGCUCCUCAAGAGUGUGUGAAUGGAAAUGAAUCUAUGGACAGCGUGUACAGCGAGGCUCUUGAUAAAGAAACCGUGGUAGACUCUAUUAAUAAAGAUGCACUUGAAGCAGAGCAUAAUGAGCCUUCUGCCCCAGAAUGCAAUGCCGAGGAGAAUGUGCCCGCAGCGGAGGGGACGGCAUCUGACGGUGAUCAUGAAACAGAAGGUUCAUCAAAUGGGAAGAAUAAGUCAGACGAGGCGGCUGUCGCACUCGAGGAGACUGUGGAGCUUCCACCUCCGGCUCUCGUGGUUGACCACCAGCGACUCAAAGCUCUGUUGGAGAAGGUGGUUGUGAAAAGUGACGGCUUCAGUGUGGAUCAUCUGGAGAGAGUUUACUCAGUGCUCAGCCAGUGUAUUUACCAGCACCGCAGAGACUACGACAAGACCCGUCUGAUAGAGGCGAUGGAAAGGCAAGUUGAACAUUUCGAAACAUUCCUGUGAUGAAUAGAGGGCUUCAGAGAGAAACAUGAUCGGCAACUCUUUUGAUACAAGACGGAGGGGCCGGCGUUCUGAGCCAAGUCCUUAAUGUGGAGCAGGUCUGGACGCUUUGGACUCAAAUUACAGCAGGAAGGGAAAAAAAAAAGGUGCAGACAUUAGAAACAAAGGCUUACAAAGGCGACCUUGGUGCUAUCAUCUCAGGUACCUGAAACAGAACCAGUCUACAGAAACCAAACACACAAACUCCUGGUGGUUUCCUUUUUAUUAGUUUUGUUUUUGUAAACUCGCAUACAUGCCGACGAUCGUUCUUGGUGCUAUUGGGUGCUAUAGUUUCUUUGCUUUUUUUUGUCGUCUGCUGCUCUUUGUUCUCAUAGAUAAACAAACAAAACACAAACAAACAGUACAAAAUAAAAGAUUGUGUGAUGUCACGAAGCAACCUCAGCCUCCAUGUACUGGAAGCAAACACACACACACACACACACAGAUUCUCACCAGCAGUGGCAAAUUGUAUAUGGAUGGUAUGAUGCUCUACAGCGCGAGUCAGCCGGUCAUUUACUGUGGAAAUAAACUACAUCGCCCUCUUUCUACAUCCACCCAGAUGUCACCCCUUGUCACCAUUGGGAUUAUCGACACUUUUUAGCCACCGAUGUUUUUGUAGGGACAUCUAGUUGUUUUCUACUUGGUGUUAAUUGUAAGACUUGCAAGGCCUCUGUAUUGUAAACCAACUUUUCCUUGUUACAAAUGAGACUGUGUUCUCCUUAUGUAGACUAUAAUGUUUGCAGAAAACCAACGAAAAACAGACAUAUUUUGGUUCAAAUUGAUAUUUUUAGUUUAGACUCAUCGUAUAAUUUCCGCCCUAGGAAUAGUUAAAUUUUGUUUGGCUUUUUUUCUGGUUUAACUGGAUUUACGAGUAGAUAUCUGGAGAUUGCACUGCCUAGCAUGUGCCUUAACCUUUCAAAUAGGCUAAAAACAUAACUGAAUAUUGACUAUCAAUAUAUAUAUAUGGAGGACGAGCCACAGGGCUACAAACCGAUAAAAAUGUGGCGUAUGUUGUUGUUGUUAACUGUUUGCCAAUCUCUUCUCGAGUCGCCCAGCAACAUCUUCGUGGUUUGAGUCAGGUUGCUCCAUCAGACAUUGUGGCUUUCUUUUGCCAUUCAUUUCUAUUGUAACAUAACAUAUUUGGAGUAAAAAGAAGUGAUGUUUUGAAAGUUAAAAUGGCAGUCUAGGCAGUGCUGAAUUUUUUAACAUAUAGCAUUACGAUAUUUUUUGAUGCAUUUUUUUAUUUAUUUUUUACCUUUAUAGUGUUUCCAUUGUGUUCACUUACACUGUCUAAUAUUGGUAGCUGUCGCAUUAAUAACAUGAUUUGUCAAUUUUGGCAUUGUCUUAAGUAGCAUUAACCGAAUUCUCCCUCUCAUACUUACAUUAACGCUCAGCUUUCAUCAAUUUAUAAAGAACGUUGAUCCAAGUUCAAGAGUCCUCGUGACCUUGUCUAGGAUUCGGUGCUAUAAAAAACAGAAGACAAAGAGGAAAAAAGAACGCUUUUUAAGACAUAUGCAAAAGAAAGGAAAAAAAUGAGGAGUUAGCUGUUAGCUUUGGACUACUGCAGUGCGUGUGAGAGACAGAACCACAGCUACCUCAGCAAGUUGUUUUCACGCGAAGAGACAAAAGUAAUGACCUGUUUACUGAAAACAGUAUUUCUUGACCUCUGUAAUAUCACUGCGCCCUUCAGAAAUUCAAGCUGAGGUACUGGAUCACCUCUCCGACAUGUGGCUGCUGCAGUAAUCCUCGGAUUUGUUCGCAUUUUUGCAUUAUAUUUCAUUUUUUUGGGGGGGUGGUUGUUCUGCGUUUGAGCCGAGAUGGUAUUGUAAUAUCGCUGAAAUAUUAUAUUUCAGUUUUUCUACAUGUACUUCCCAUGAUUUACAAUUCAUUGGCCAUGUUUGUGAAACGCUUGCUUUCUUCAGUCCAUUUCAUGAUCGUUUUUGAAUUAGCAGUCACAUUUUCCUCUGUGCUAUCGCCUGUCCAUUUGUUAUUUAUUCAAUUAUUAAACGUCGUCAUAUGUUCAACAUUUUGUUCAACCGAAACUAAUUGGAAAGGUUGAUGCAUGAAAUUUGUGCCGAGACAUGAUGUAGCACAUUUUUGUAGCAGGUGUUGCACGACGUUCAGAAACGGGGUUUAAUGGUCUCAGGUCUCUGCUACAUGCAUAUUUAUUCCAGAAUUGUGGAGAUGUUGGUGGUUAUGUUUCUUUUUAGAGGAUGAGGGGGAGGUUCAUGAAGCUAAUGUGCGUUUUCGGGUCCCUCUUCGUCACCUGUAGUACCAUCGACAUGCUUAACUGGUGUAGCUUUGAAGAAACUACUGUAAUGCUGACCACUUGCGCUUCUCAUGAAUUUAUCUGGGGAAAAUUAGCUUUAGUUGAUGCCAAUUCAUGCAAGACAUACCCUAUUUUGCAUAGCAUUAUGUCAUUGGCCCUGAAUCGAAAAAUCAAACCUUGGUCAGUAUGUAAUUUGUAAAAUGAAAUUUCACAUUUAGAAGCACCACUAAUAUAUUUUUUAGAAAAUGAACUCUUAAAUCCUCCAUUAAAAAUGUUACAAUGUGGGCAUGAAAGUCUAAGUAGUUCUAUGUGUUUUGACUACAAGUUAAAGUUCAUAACCUUUAGUUGACCAGAGUCUAAUUCAGAUCAUUUGACUGACGGUAGGAAGUCCAUAUAACAAUAGGAUUUUGCUUUAGGUAGGUAAAUACAACCCACUUAACUCUGUAGUUUUUGGUGGAAAAGUCCAGGAGUUUCUCAAGUCAGUGCUGAGUGUUGGAGAUUUUUUUUUGGCAACCAAUGAUUUGUUUGGUUAAAUCCUAUUUAAUCAGUAGAUUUAUACCCCUUAAUGAUUAACAAGGUUGAGGCAAUUUUAUUUUUUUGUGUAAUACCAGAAUUUGUGUCCAUUUUUACUAGUUUGAAGCAAAUCAAAACCACACAUAUUGUUCUGUCCUUCCCUGCAGUCCUUCUUUUGUGAAAUGAUAUAUUUACUGUAAUUUCUAAAAUAAACUGCUGUGAUAUACUUGAAUAAAAGGUGCAAAUUGAA